AUGCCUGCAGCUACAAGCACUGCCGUGGAUAAGCUCACUGGCGACAUCCAGUCCACGACUGCCUUUCUAAAGAUUCUAAAGACCAUGCAGGGCAACGCUUGCUUGGCUGGUGUUCGUGAGACACAAUGCCUUGCUUUGUCACAGCGACUCCAAGGCUUGCAAUGCACAGCCGAGGAGGGCACCAACAUCAUGGCAGCAUGGCAACAAGGGCCGUGGUCAAGCGAGCAAACCGAGAAGUUUAGCCAGGCUCUGAGCACUGCUGUGGCGGCCCAUUCCACUGGGCAAGCCAAGGGCACGAAAAGGGGUAUGCAGAACAUCGCCAGCUUCCAGCCGUACCUCUCGGGCAAGGACAUGCAACAGCCCUCCAGCGCCGAUGUCAACCUGCACAGCAAGAUCGACAUCCUCGCCACAAAAUGCUUCCGAUUGCGAAUCAGCUGCCCCUCGGAGGGGUCUGUGAGGAUGAUCAUGGCAACCCUCCAGCUUCAGGGGACCGAGGCUGAGAAGUAUGCCCAUGUCCAGACCUUCAAGAAGCUGCUUAAGGCCAAGGACAAGAAGAUGGUCAAGGGUACCCACCUCCUCGUGUAUCCUGCUGGUGGCCCAUCCGAGCUAGCCGAUCAGCAACUGGCAGCACAGGCCUACGAUGCUGACGACCCCCCUUGCAGCCAGGCAAGUCAGAACCCCAAUGCCAUCGCCUCGUCUGCCCAUGGCUUGUUUGUGAGGAAGUCAGCCAAAACGGUCAGGGACAGCAUGGGCACGAACAUGGGUGGAUCAUCCGGCUGGGCAUUCCCAGGGAUGCCCAACUUCAUGAACCCUGCAGGCGGCAUGAACACCAUGAUGGGGAUGCUGCAGUGCAUCCAGGCAAUGCAGAGUCAAACAACACAACAGGGUGGAUUGUCUGGGCUGCAGAUCUUCGCUCCGGGCACCAACAAGGUGAAUGGAGGCACGGGCCCACAGACCCUGCCGGCGAUUGGUAAUGGUGGCCCGUCCUCCUCGACUGCAGCAGCGAUCGCGAAUGGGGCCCCCAGCUCGGGGAACACGUCUGCAGGCGCUUUGCCGUUGCCAAACAUCUCGACGUCUGCAGGAGGAAUGCAGCUGCAGAUGGAGGAGGAACAGAACCACGACCAAUCGGCAGAGCAGGAGAACAAGGACGACAACACCGCCGCCGCCGGGAAGACUCAAACUGCAGCAAUGGGGUGCAUGCAGACAGUCGCCGAUGCCUUGCAAAGCAGGAACAACAAAAAGCCCGCCAAGGCAAAGGCCAAGGCCGGGAUGACGAAGGCCAACAACAAGGCAGCCAAGGCCAAAGCCAUGCCCGUGAUGAAGAAGCCCGCAGCACUUUCGAAAUCGAAAGGCCCAAAGGGCACAGCACGGCCAACCCGUGAGUACUAUGCACAGCUGAGCUAUGCGAAGAGAGUGGCAUUGAGGCCGGAGGGGCCGGCUGCCCUAGAAUCAGUCCUGCAAGACCUUGGCCACGAUGACGGCACGAGCAGGAGAAGCAUCAAGAGAGCCCGGGAUGAGCAGGUCGCAGUGGAGACCGACUUCGGGCACUUGCUGAGCCACAUUGAAGUGGAUGUGCUAGAGAAAAAGCAAGUUGCAAAGGUGUCACUACCGAUCCUGAACAUUCGGGCCUUUCUGGCACAUCUUUGCAAGCACCCUGGCACUGCAGCAUUCUUCGCGAGGCGACAUGCAGAAAUGCCAAGCUCGGCUGAGAAGGCAUGGCGGAUUUGCCUAUAUUGUGACGAGAUCACUCCGGGGAACCAACUACGGUCUACGAAUCAGAGGAAAGUCCAUGCUUUCUACAUCAGCUUCUUCGAGUAUGGACCAGAGGCUAGAUGUCAAGAGGAGGCAUGGUAUUGCAUCUGCCUUUGCAGAAGCCAGCUGGUCAACAAGAUGGUCGGGGGCUUUUCGGCAUUAACCCAUGCCAUCGUCACCAUGCCUGACUUCGCAGCAUUGCCGAAUGGAUGCUUGCUCACCCUGCCCAGUGGCGAAAGGCUAAUGUUUUUUGCUCGCAUCGACACGUUCCUUGCAGACGAAGGUGCUAUCAAAUUAGUCUUUGACAUACAGGGGGCCUCAGGCAUUCUCCCAUGCGGUCUGUGUGCCAACGUCGCGGGGAAGACUGGAGUGGAGCAACACGAUGCUUCUGGUUCUCUGUGUACGAUUGCAUGCACCGAUGGUCGUCGCUUCAUCUUCAAGACGGACGACGACAUAUAUCAGGCACAUGCACAGAUGGAAGCUAUGCAUGGACGAUGCUCGCAGGCACAAUUCGAGCAGAUGCAGAAGGCUUGUGGCAUCAAUUUCAACAUGCAGGGUGUGAUUGCAAAGAAAAGUCUGCCCUUGGUGCAAACAUGCAUGUAUGACUUCAUGCACAUCUAUUUCGUGCAUGGAUUGUUUCACCUAGAAACUGGCAUGCUUCUGCCACAACUAUACCAUGCAGGUUGCUCACCGGAGGCUAUCUUGGAUUUCAUGAAAUCCUUCACCUGGCCUCAGAGCCAGCAGGGGAUCAUCAAGGAAACCCUGCAGUGCUUCCAGAAGAAGAUCGAGAAGAGCGAGGGCUUCAAGGGGAGUGCCUCCCAGUGCCUCAACUGCUACCCUUUGCUGCGAGCAUACGUGCUGAGCCUGGCUCCCGGGGCCAUCAGUGCAGAGGUGAAGAAAGCUUGCAAAUCCUUUCUCAAUUUGUGUCUCGUUCUUGACAUGCUCAUGGAAGGCAAUCGUGGCCAGGUGCUUGUCCCAGCAGAACUGCAGAGGCUCAUUACCCAACACUGUCAGGGGUUUAUGGAAACUUAUGGACCCGAGAGUGCGAUCCCGAAGCUGCACUACUCGAUGCACUUGCCGAUGAUGCUUGCUGCAAAGAAAACAUUGGUUUCUUGUUUCACCCACGAGCGAAAACACAGGGCCAUCAAGGAGUUGGCCAACCAUCUGAACAACCCGGGCUCAUGGUACGAGGCAUCGAUGAUGAAGGAAGGUCUAGGCAAGCUUGUGAUGGCAAUGACCAGCGGACCUGCAUUUGCUAUGGAAGCCCAUCUCAUCUCGCCAAAACUGGCAGAUGAAAAUCUGUUGCGAGUGCUCGCUCAGACCUUCGGCCUUGCAGGUGCUCACAAUGCACAGGCCUCAUCUCGUGUUCAGGCUGCACCGGGGCAAGUCUGCACAAAAGGCGAUUUCGUGAUCUUGAAAGCCGGUGGAGUUGCAGAGGCCUGGUUGUUCUGCAGGUUGGGAACUGGAGAGUUGCUGGCUUUGCUCACCGAGUUUGAAGCAUGUGGGCGAAACGUUUUCAAGAGAACGGCAGCCGAUGCCCGAUUUAUGCAGGUGGUUGACAUUAAGAGGGCAUGCCUCGUCAAAAGACUGGGAGCCGACAAAGUGCAGGUUGUGCCGUGA